GAGCAGCAUCUCUGGAGACAGAGGUGGGUUUGGAGGAUCAUGGCGUCCACACUGAUGCUCCUGCUUCAGCUGCUCCUGGUCUCACUGGUGUCUGCUUCUCAUUUUUUUGGGGGAACCACGACCUACACCUACAAAGGAAGAAACCCUGAUGGCUCAUUUAAUGUGGAAAUUCGGGACAGAGACACCUAUGAUGGAUGUUACUACUCCCUCUACUGGUAUUGUUCCAGUGGAUACUGUGGCUACACCUCCAGAAGUCAGAGAGGCAGACUGGACAGCAGCACCAGUGCUCCACUCUAUAACAGACAAUGGUGUGAAACUGAAACCGUCACCACGCGGGUCGUCUCGAGCAACAGACCUUUUGAAAUGCGGGCAGCCAGCUGCUGCUGGAUCCCCACACGGACCUAUUACUGGAGCCAUUAUUGGUACUUGAACACUCUUGUGGAUUUAGGAGAAAGAUCCGACACUGGAAAACCAAACAGAGCACCAGAAGUUGCCAUCCUACCUUUCCUCAGAGUUCCUGAAAACUGCCCACGGACAUACAAGCUGAUGUCCUUUGAUCCUGAUGGAGACAAAGUCAGAUGCAGAUAUGGAAAUCCAGGAAGUGCAGAGUGCUACGGCUGCACCCAACAUUCAGGCUUCCACUUACACCAGGACUCCUGCACGUUACAUUACCAAUACACUAAUGCUAACCCGUUAGUGAAUGCAUUUGAGUUGGUGGUGGAGGAUUUCCCACAAGGACACAUCAGUCUGAGAUACUCCGAUGGAUCCCAGUCCUCCAGGUCUCCUCUGUCCGCUCCUACUACAACUACAACAGCCCGCACUACCACACCAUGGUGGUGGACUACGGGCAGACCGCUGCAGGCGACCUCUCCUCCCCUCAGUAAACUACCGUUGCAGUUCUCUUUCGUUGUGGAUCCACCUGCUCCUUCAUGCCAGGAGGGACUAUACUUGCCCCAGUUUGUGCACCCAACACCUGCACACGGACAGCGCAUUCAUGCAGAGGUCAACAAAGAGGUGGAGAUCAGAAUCAAAGCACAGGCUUCAUAUGCAGCAAUACAAGAUAUCAUCAUGAGCGGGCCAAUGAAUAUGACCCAGCACAGAACCACACAUAAUGAGUUUGUGCUUCGGUGGACGCCGUUCUCCAGCGAUCUGGGAGAUUAUUUCCCAGUGUGCUUUGCUGUUGAAUCGGCGACAGGGUCAGCAGUGACCAGUUUUCCAGGCAAUACCCACUCUCAUAACCACGGCACCCCGACUUCACAGUCCGGCGUCUAUCAGUCCGAGAUGAGGUGUGUCAUCUUGAAAGUUGGAACAGAGGAAAUUAAAACCAACGUGAUCUGCACUGAGUCUGAAAUGAGAGUCGAGGUGGAGAAAUCGUCCCUCCGUGGACUCCGUGAGGAUCACCUGCGUCUCAGUGAGCCCAGCAACACCCUCUGCAGCCUGGAGAGAUACUCCAACAGCACUCACAUCAUCGGCGUCAUCCCUCUCAAUGCUUGUGGCACUCAGAUCGAGGAGGACGAGGAACAUCUCAUUUUCAAGAAUGAAAUCACCACAGUGGAUGACAGCGGAGCUCUGAUCACCAGGAAACAUAACCUGGAAGUAGAGUUCUACUGUCAGUACCCCAAAAAGGGGAACGUGUCACUGGGCUUCACAGCACACAGGACGAUGAUGGAAGUGUUUGAUAAAGGCUUCGGCACGUUCACCUACCAGUUUGAGUUUUACCCCAACAACCAGUUCAGAAGCAUCAUUGAUCCCAGUUCGUACCCUCUGGAGUACGACUUAGGGCAGAAGAUUUACAUGGAGAUAGAUGCGUCCUCCAUAGUCAACGACACCGAGAUGUUUGUGGAGUCCUGCAGAGCCUCACCGUACGACAACCCCAAUUACCAGCCAACCUACUCCAUCAUUGAAGACGGGUGCCCCGUGGACCCAACUGUGAUGAUCCAUGAGACCGACAACAAGAGACAGUUUAGAUUCUGCAUCGAGGCCUUCAAGUUCAUCGGUUUGCACGAUCAGGUAUACAUCAGCUGUUCAGUAAUGAUGUGUGAAGCAGGGAAUCCCAACAGCAGGUGCUCACAGGGAUGCAUCAACUCAAACCAUCACCACCACUCCCACCGCCGAAAGAGGGACUCUGCCAUCCAGACUGCAGCGCACUUCGUUUCCCAGGGUCCUCUGCGUUUGAAGAGGUCAGCAGACACCAGCAUGAGUGCAGGGAACAACCUGAACCUGAACCUGAACCUGGUCUUCAUCGCUGGAUGUCUUCUUGCUGCUGUUGCCAUGAUCUGUGGAGUGCUCCUGUACAGGGCCAAAAUGUCAAAGGUCAAAUACCAGCGUUUGGCCUCGAGUGAAAAUUAAGACAGCAGUGUAAUCAGAAUACCAGUUCCUGCAUUACUUUUCAAUGAACCUCAUUUUGCUGUCAGAGUUUCGGUGUUUGUGUAUCUGCUCAUGUUUAAAUCAAUCAUGAAUUUAAUUCUUUAUAAUUCAGCUUCAUUUGUGUAGCGUGAACUCACAACAACAGUCACCUCAAUUAGCUUUAUAAUGUAGGGCACAGUCCCAGCUGUUACAGCUGUGUUUGUGUUUGCCAGCUUUAAGAGAAAACAGACAUAAAACAGACUUUGAAAGAUGAAUCUUUGGAUUGUUGUUCAGUCGUGCAGCUUUACAGCAGCUUUUCUUUUUAUAUGUUAGAGUGUGAUUCACAGAAAGUGUUACUGUUGAUGUGUGCUCCUCUAUAAUCAUUUUUGCUUUGAAUAUCUAUGGCUAUCAUUGGACUGGUUACUAUACAUCUUUGUUAUUAAUCAAUAAAAACAUACGUGUUAGUGCUUCCUCAGUCAAAGUGUUACUCUUCAUCACAUCAUAUGGCGCAUAUACAGUGCCUUGAAAAAGUAUUCAUACCCUUUAAACUUUGACACAUUUUGUCAACUUACAUCCACAAACUUUGAUGUUUUUUAUUGAGGUUUUCUGUGACAAACCAACACAAAGAGCACAAAAUUGUGAAGUGGUACCAAAACGAUACAUGGUUUUCAAAAUUUUAAGCAAAUAAAAAUUUGAAAAGUG